UUGCAAAAUCAUAUAGUGACAGCCCAGGCCAACUCUCAGCCCAACAUUCCUUGUAGGCAAUUGAACUUCAUUCAAUUGAUUCAAUCAAAGGUUUUCUUUUGAUUGAAUACCCAGAUAUGAAAUGUAAUGAAUGGUAUGUUAAAGAGGACUAAGCUGGAUCGACAAAGCUUUAAUCUUGGUUCAGCCAUUGGUUGCACUACUCUGUGGCGGCAAAAGCUCACCAAAUGCUCAGGUACUUCCCACGCAGGUCCCUCCAUGUGUCCCGAACCCUCAACUGGAAGCUCCGGGAUGAGUACAAGCUGACCCGGCCCGAAUUACAAGACCGGAUUUCCAAUCUCCUCGUCCUCCAACGGUACGAUGCUCUUGACAAGCUGAAGCUGUCCUUUCAGUUCUCCGACCAACUCCUCAACACUAUCCUCCGGAAACUGAAGCUAAACCCGGUAGCCUGCUUAAGCCUUUUCAAAUUGGCUUCAAAGCAGCAAAAAUUUAGGCCCAACCUCAAGUCUUACUGUAUAAUUGUUCAUAUAUUGUCCAGAGCUCGAAUGUACGAUCAAACCAGAGCGUAUUUGAACGAAUUGGUCGGCCUCUGCAACAAUAAUUAUUUCUCCUCUGUGGUCUGGGAUGAGCUUGUUAGGGUUUAUAGGGAAUUUACGUUUUCACCCACUGUUUUCGAUAUGAUUCUCAAGGUGUUUGCAGAGAAGGGCAUGACCAAGUAUGCACUGCAUGUGUUUGACAAUAUGGGUAAGUGCGGUCGAUCUCCGAGUUUAAGGUCUUGUAAUUCUUUGUUGAGUAAUUUGGUCAGAAACGGCCAAAGUCACACUGCAUUGCUUGUUUAUGAGCAGAUAAUUAGGUUCGGGAUUGUUCCUGAUGUCUAUACUUGUUCAAUAAUGGUAACCGCGUAUUGUAAGGAGGAGAGGCUGAGUAGAGCGCUGGAAUUCGUCAAAGAAAUGGAAAGUUCGGGUUGUGAAUUAAAUGUAGUGACUUACAAUAGUUUGAUUGAUGGGUAUGUUAGUUUGGGAGAUGUUAAAGGCGCCCAAUUGGUGUUGGGGUUGAUGUCUGAAAGGGGAAUUAUGAGAAAUGUGGUGAGUUAUACACUAUUGAUUAAGGGUUACUGCAAGCAGUGUAAGAUGGAGGAAGCGGAGAAGGUGCUUCGGGGUAUGAAGGUGGAGGAGGAGUCUGGGGUUGUGGAUGAGCGUGCUUAUGGUGUGUUGUUAGAUGGGUAUUGUAAAGCUAGCAGGAUGGAUGAUGCUAUUAGGAUUCAGGAUGAGAUGUUGAGCACAGGCUUAAACAUGAAUAUUUUCAUUUGCAACUCCUUGAUCAAUGGGUACUGUAAGGUUGGUCAAGUUCGUGAAGCGGAGGGAGUGUUGUUGCGGAUGAGAUAUUGGAACUUAAAGCCUGAUUCUUACAGUUAUAAUACCCUGAUGGAUGGGUACUGUCGGAAAGGUCAGACAAGUGAGGCAUUGAAGCUUUUCCAUGAUAUGCUUCAGGAAGGAAUCAAUCACACUGUUGUAACUUACAAUACGCUUCUCAAGGGUUUAUGUCAAGCGGGUGCUUUUGAUGAUGCUUUGCAUCUUUGGCAUCUGAUGUUGAAAAGAGGGUUGGCUCCUAACGAGGUUAGCUUUUGUUCCAUGCUUGAUGGGUUUUUCAAGACGGACGAUCUCGACGGGGCUAUAACUGUAUUUAAAGAUAUUUUAGCAAAAGGUUUUACCAAAAGCAGGGUUGCUUUCAAUACAAUGAUUAAUGGGUUAUGCAAGAUGGGUAAAUUGGUGGAAGCGGAGGAGAUUUUCGAUAAGAUGAAGGAGCUAGGAUGUUUGCCCGACAAGAUGACUUAUAGAACCCUGAGUAAUGGGUAUUGUAAAGUUGGGAAUGUUGAAGAAGCUUUCAAAGUUAAAAGUUUGAUGGAAAGGCAAGCGAUAGGUCCUUCCAUUGAAAUGUACAAUUCUCUCAUCAAUGGUGCCUUUAUGUCCAGGAAAUUAAGUAAAGUGAUGGAUCUUCUUGCUGAGAUGCAGACAAGGGGACUAUCCCCUAAUAUUGUUACAUAUGGAUCCCUUAUAACUGGUUGGUGCAAUGAAGGGAUGCUGGAUAAAGCUUUUAGUUCAUACUGUGAGAUGAUUGACAAAGGGUUUAUCACCAAUUUAAUUAUUUGCAGCAAAGUUGUCAGUACUCUGUAUAGGCUUGGCAGGAUUGAUGAAGCAAAUAUUCUAUUGAAGAAGCUAGUGGAUUUUAAUCUUUUUUCAGAUUGUCUAUCUUCUUUGAAGCUUUGCAAAGUUGGCAGUAGACAUCAAGAAAUUCAGAAAUUUUCAGAUUCUCUUGAUGAAAGUGUUAAAAGUUUCUCUCUGCCCAACCAUGUUGUAUACAAUAUUGCUAUCUUGGGACUCUGCAGAUCAGGGAAAGUUGCCGAUGCAAGGAAAUUUUUAUCGAAGUUGUUGGUUAGUGGCUUUUCUCCUGACAAUUUUACAUAUUGCACCCUAAUUCAUGCCACUGCUGCUGCUGGUAAUGUGAACGAGGCUUUCAACCUACGAGAUGAAAUGCUGAAAAGGGAUCUUGUUCCUAACAUUACCACAUAUAAUGCUCUUAUAAAUGGUUUGUCCAAAUCAGGAAAUUUGGAUCGAGCACAGAGGCUUUUCCGUAAACUUUACCGAAAGGGGUUAGCUCCUAAUGCUGGUACCUAUAAUAUAUUGAUUGAUGGAUACUGCAAAAUUGGCAAUACUGUUGAAGCCUUUAAAUUUAAAGACAAGAUGGUUCAAGAAGGGAUUUCCCUCUCUAUUAUCACUUACUCUACAUUGAUCAAUGGUCUUUAUAAGCAAGGAAAUAUGGAAGAAUCUGUGAAGCUUUUGAGUCAAAUGAUCAAGGUGGGAGUGCAACAUAACCUUGUUAAUCACAUACUCCAGUUUGAUUCCAGACAUUAAAUGUGGGUUGAGGAAAGAUAUUCAAACUUAAAAAUUAGAUGCAUAUUAGAUGAUCCUCAUCUCUUGCUAUUUCUCAUCAAAGGAUGCAUUUGUUAGAGUCUUCAAAUAUUCAAGGAAUUCCCUGGAACACAUCAGAUGUCUGAAGCUGUAAGUUGAUGCAUUCUCAGUGACCAAAUUUGUUGGGAGUGAAGGAAUGGCCUUUAUUUAGCCCAUGGCCUUGUCCUUUGUCAUUCAGUUUUGGAGUUCCGUCCACCGUUGAAUGUUCAGGUAUGGUGCUACAAUCGAGUCUCUCACUCCAAAUGGGUAUUUUGUUACUUAUGAUGGCUGGGGGAAUAGAGAAGAGGGUCCAAACCCCCUCUCGUGUAAGAAGAAAAAGACUUUGAAAAGCCCAGAUCUUCAUUCAGCACAGGAAUGGAUGGAGAUACUACUUUGAGGAGUCGUAAGAAGCAGAAUAAGUCACGGAAAGGCGAAAGGCUAAAAGUUUUGAAAUUUGGCCAAUUAGGGUUGAAUGAGCACGCUGUACUUCGGUCAUCAUUCUUGUCCAAUUUUAAUUGAAAUAGCCCAAUCAAAUCCCAGCAAAGUACUUAUACAUCUUGAGCAACUCAGGCCAAUGCAACCACCGAAGAAUGCAGCCUCUAUGACACAGGUGUAAGCAGGGCAAGCGAGUAACUAGUUGAUCAUCACGAUCACAGUAAAAGAAGUCCCCCAAGUUGAGUAAGUAACUUCUUUAACCAAAGGAGUUCACAAAUUCCUUUGGUCGUACCUCUGAACUCAACUUCAGCAAUGGAUAGGGCUACCCCUUCUGUUUCUUGCUCCUCCAUGUAGCCAAAUUACCUCCAAUGAAUGUGAAGUAACUGGAUGUGGAUCUCCUAUCUGUUACACUUCCUGCCCAAUUUGCAUUUGUAUAGCCAUCAAUAUUUGAAUGACCAUGUUUUGAGAACAUAAGUCUCUUCCCUGGUGCU